AUGGCAGACCAUCAGGUCAACCCUCAAAUAAACGGCACUCACGCGCCUUCAGUCACGACAACCAGCCCUAGCCUUGGUCACGCGGACAGGCUUCCUCCUCGGUCGCUCAUGGCGGCUGUCUCUGACGUCUCUCGUACAGGAAGUGCUAUCCCUCCUUCGUCUGCGACAAGCAUUGCCUACCAGGAGAAUGCCGUCUCGAAUUCGCCUAUGCCUACCACCGCGCACCCGGAACUUGCCCACCGGGUUCUAGACCAGCCGCCGCCGCCGCCGUACCAAGAGCACGAACCCCCCAAGGCGGAUAUACAAGGAGAUGGCAGAUUCGCGAGGCCCAUAGCUUUAAACAGUUUGGGACGGCAUCCAGCGCUCAUCGACUGCCCAUGGUGCAACCAAACAGCGCAGACGAGAACCGAGGAAGAGCACUCGGCGAUGACGUUCAUCGCCGGCAUCGGGCUGGGACUCAUUUGCAUCUGCUGCGCCUGCCUUCCGUGCCUGGCACACGUGUGUCAAGACGUUAACCACUUCUGCUCCAACUGCGGGCACCAGGUCGCCCACGUGCCAUUCAGCGGCGUCUGUCAGCCCGUCGUCCCUGUGGUGAGGCCAGCUGGGUACGAGAUGGUUCCCCUGCAGCCGUACAGCGGACGGCAGAUACCGCCUCCUCGGGGGCAGACUGGUGGUUAUACACGGGGGAAGUAG